UUCAGAAUAAAGCAAUAGGAGGGAGCGAGAGGAGCAGACCGGCCGUGCGAGCUUGGAGAGAGUAUGGAUCCCGUGCAGAACUCGCAGGUAUCGGACAUGACAGGGGAGCACAACGUCGGACCAUGCGCCGUGGACCGGGCCGACGUGUCCAGCCCGUGUCCCGCUAUCGCCAAGCAGCGGUCCUUACGGGUGGUGUACGUUCUGAACGAUGGGAUGAAGUCGGCGAUGGCGAUCAGUCCCGAGUCCGGAGCGCUGCAGUGUCUCCAGCGGGCGUGCGACGCGGAGAGUGCCCUGCUCACCACCGUCGCGUUUGGGAGACUGGAUUUUGGAGAGACGUCAGUGCUGGACAGUUUCUACGACGCAGACAUAGCGGUGGUGGACAUGAGCGACGUGUUUCGGCAGCCCUCCCUGUUCUAUCACCUGGGGGUGAGGGAGAGCUUUGACAUGGCCAAUAACGUCAUUUUAUACCACGACACAGAUCCUGAUACAGCACAAUCUUUAAAGGACAUGGUGGCUCAGAAGAACACAGCCUCUCGUUCUGUAGCUCUAGGUUUUCCUUGGGUUCAGUUGCCUCCUGAAUACAGAGGCUCUGGAUUGAGAAAUAAAGCCUCCAGUGGUAACUACUACUUCAUCCCAUACAUAGUGACUCCGAACCACGAGUACAUGUGCUGUGAGAGUGACGCACAGCGCAGGGCCAGUGAGUACAUGCAGCCCAACUGGGACAACCUGCUGGGACCUCUGUGUGACCCCCUCAUCGACCGCUUCACCAGCCUGCUCAAAGAUAUACACGUUACCUCAUGUGCUUCCUUUAAGGACACUCUGCUGAACGACAUCCGAAAGGCGAGAGAGAAGUACCAGGGUGAGGAGCUGGCCAAAGAACUGUCCCGAAUAAAACUGAGAAUUGACAACACAGAGGUCCUCACACAGGACAUCGUCAUGAACCUGCUCUUUUCGUACAGAGACAUACAGGACUACGAUGCCAUGGUGAAGCUUGUUCAGACUCUGGAGAUGUUGCCUACAUGUGAUUUAGCAACGCAACCAAUGAUUCAGUUCCACUAUGCAUUUGCACUAAACAGGAGGAACAGCCCGGGGGACAGGGAGCAGGCUCUCAGAGUGAUGCUGCAGGUGCUUCAGUCCUGUGAACAUCCAGCUCCAGACAUGUUCUGUCUCUGUGGACGAAUCUACAAAGACAUUUUCCUCGACUCGGACUGUAAAGACACCAAGAACAGGGACAACGCCAUACAGUGGUAUAGGAAAGGUUUUGAGCUGCAGCCAACUCUGUACUCUGGGAUCAAUCUGACGGUGCUACUUAUUGUUGCUGGACAUCAAUUUGAAAACUCUAUGGAGCUGAGAAAAAUUGGUGUAAGGUUGAACAGUCUGCUUGGGCGUAAAGGCUCUUUGGAGAAAAUGAAUAAUUACUGGGACGUUGGUCAGUUCUUCACUGUUAGCAUGUUAGCUCAUGAUGUUCCCAAAGCCACGCAAGCUGCUGAGAAACUCUUUAAACUCAAGCCUCCCAUUUGGUAUUUGAAAUCAGUGGUACAGAAUUUGCAGCUGAUUCAACGAUUCAAAAAACAGUCAAUUGAACAUUCCCCACUGAGAGAGAGACUCAACUUCUGGAUGGACAUCAUUGUUGAAGCCACUCAAGGCACCACCAACCGCCUCCGAUUUCCUGUAUUAAUCCUGGAGCCCACCAAAGUUUACCAGCCUUCGUAUGUAUCUAUUAACAAUGAAGCUGAGGAGAAGAAUGUGUCUAUUUGGCAUGUGUCUCCAGCCGAAACGAAGGGGAUACAUGAGUGGAACUUCACUGCACAGUCCAUCAAAGGAAUCAGUAUCAGUAAGUUCGAUGAGCGCUGCUGCUUCCUAUAUGUCCAUGAUAACUCGGAUGACUUCCAGAUCUACUACUCGACGGAGGAGCAGUGCGGUCGAUUUUGCGCUAUGGUCAAAGAGAUGAUUUCUGAUGGGACUGGCAAUGCCGUUGAACUGGAGGGAGAGCUGGAUGGAGAUACACUGGAAUACGAGUAUGACACUAAUGAGAAUGGGGACCGAGUGGUUUUGGGAAGAGGCACAUAUGGAGUGGUGUACGCCGGGAGGGAUCUCAGCAACCAGGUCCGAAUUGCCAUUAAGGAAAUCCCAGAGAGAGACAGCAGGUAUUCCCAGCCUCUUCAUGAGGAGAUAGCCCUGCACAAGUAUCUGAAACACAGAAACAUCGUCCAGUAUUUAGGAUCUGUCUCUGAAGACGGAUACAUCAAGAUUUUCAUGGAGCAAGUACCUGGAGGAAGUCUUUCUGCUUUACUGACGUCCAAAUGGGGUCCACUGAAGGAGGCCACCAUUAUCUUCUACACGAGACAGAUCCUGGAGGGGCUCAGAUACCUGCAUGAAAACCAGAUUGUGCACAGAGAUAUCAAGGGUGACAAUGUCCUGGUGAACACUUACAGCGGUGUUUUGAAGAUCUCAGAUUUUGGGACCUCCAAACGUCUGGCUGGAGUCAACCCUUGCACAGAAACAUUCACUGGUACACUGCAGUACAUGGCCCCUGAGAUCAUAGACAAGGGCCCUCGUGGUUAUGGGGCCCCGGCUGACAUCUGGUCUCUGGGCUGCACAGUCAUAGAGAUGGCCACUGGGAAACCUCCUUUUCAUGAACUGGGUGAACCACAAGCCGCUAUGUUUAAGGUUGGUAUGUUUAAGAUCCACCCAGAGAUCCCUGAGUCUCUGUCCCUGGAGGCCAAGUCCUUCAUCCUUCGCUGCUUUGAGCCCGACCCAAACAAGAGAGCGCUCGCUGUAGACCUGCUCAGAGACACGUUUGUGAGAAUGAACACCAAAGGAAAGAAGAGCAAGAUCGCCUACAAACCGUCAGACUACAUCCACAGCGUGUCAUUACCAGUGCAGUUGCAGUGUGAGGCCUCCGGGGGCAGCAGCUCUGAGCACGGCUCCGUGAGUCCAGACUGUGACUCCAAACAUGACAUGUUUUUCCAGAAGAAGAAAGACUCAGGGUCAGAAAACCUGCUCAAGCCCACCAACUCCAACUACCUCAGUGUCCCUGACGAGGGCUCUUCAGUGGAGGACCGCAGUAUCCCCCCCUCCCCUGAGGACAGAGACGGAGGACUGUUCCUGCUCAAAAAGGACAGUGAGAGACGAGCCAUCCUCUACAAAGUCCUCAACGACGACCAGGACAAAGUCAUCUCCAACCUCAAGGAGAAUCACAUACAGGGCAGUGAGGAGCUGCAGCUGUCGGUGGACCACAUAAAGCAGAUCAUCUGUAUCCUCAGAGACUUCAUUCAUUCCCCUGAGAGGAGAGUCAUGGCCGCCACCAUCUCCAAACUCAAACUGGACCUAGACUUUGACUCCACCUCCAUCAACCAGAUACAGCUCGUGCUCUUCGGCUUCCAGGACUCAGUAAAUAAAGUCCUGAGGAAUCACCACAUCAAACCUCACUGGAUGUUUGCGAUGGACAACAUCAUCCGCAGAGCUGUGCAGGCGGCUAUCACCAUCCUCAUACCAGAGCUGCAGACCCACUUUGGCCCGGCGUCGGAGUGUGAAGGAGCUGAGAAGGAUGAUGAAGUGGAUGAGGAGGAGGCAGAGUAUGCUCAGGUUUUGGCCUCUGCUCAUGAAGACUCAGUGACCACCACCGACCCCUCCUCCUCCGCUGUGAGCACGCUCCACUCAGGACAGUCCCAGGAACACCAGCGCACACACCACCAACUCAACGCUCAGCUCGGACGCCUCAAACAGGAGACCAACAGGCUGCUGGAGGAGCUUCUUCAGAGAGAGAGAGAAUACCAGCAGGUCCUGAAGGCCACACUGCAGCAGAGAGCCCACGACCUGGAGCUGGUCCGAGUACGACACAGACCCCCAGACAUCAGCCCGCCCUCCAUCUUCCACAUCCCAGCUGAUUUUGAACCAGACAAGGAGCUCACUGAUUGGCUGAAAGAGCAGGGGGCGGAUCCCGACACCAUAGACAAGUUCGUGCUUGAAGAAUACACACUGGCUGAUAUACUCAAUGACAUCACCAGAGACGACCUCCGCUGCCUACACCUACGGGGCGGAGUUCUGUGUCGCAUUUGGAGGGCGAUCCAGAGGCACAGAGAGAGGCAGAGGCUGAAGAGUCCCAAGAAAGAUGCAUGAUGGGAAUAAAAGGACCCUCGAAAAACAUGCACAUGUCCACACACUGCCAGCUGAGCACUGAUUUAUCCAACCAUACUUUAUUUGUAGUUUAAUGUCUGUUUUCGUAGCAUUUCUAUGUAAAAUCACUUAACUGAACCACUUUCUCAUUGCGCUCUAUCCAUAAGUUUCAGAGUGAUGAAAAAUUUGCACAGUUGCCAUAGCAAUUAACAGUUCAAACCAAAAUAUUUUGGUCAUGGUCCUCAAAAUGGCGCCUAUAAACAGGACGUUUGAAUAGAGAAAGUCAUGUAAGUAAUCAAUUUUAAUUUACACAAAACAAAAAGACAAAGUUUCAUUCCAAAAAAUACCAAAUCUGUAGUGGAAUAUUAGUAGUAAGAUAUUUAAAAAGUGUAAUUUACAAACGAUCUAUAGUUUUAUUUAAAAAAAAAAUCUGAUUUGUUCAUUUUUCUGAUCGCCUGUCUCCUGAAAGUUCAUACAUUUUAAUACCAGACAAAUUCCCAUAGACGGUGUAUGGUUAACCAGGCUACACGUCUCUGUGCCUUCACUAAACUCAAACACACCUGACCAAAGUCCAAAAGUUUCUACACAGCAACCUGUCUCCAAAAUUACUCUGAUAUUUAGUCAUCGUUCUUAUGGGCAAGGUCAGUCCGUUGCUGUUGUAUGUGGGCGGGUCAAUCAAUCAAGCGCAAUACAACUAUUACUACUACUAUUACUUAAAGUACUAGCACUACUACAUACUUGAGACAAUAAUCAUACUAAAUUACGUUAUGUUGUAUGUGUCACAAAACUACACUUAGCCUAAUGUGACACUUACUAUGAAAUAUAUUACAUUUCUACCAGACAAAACAUUUACUAUCCAAAGCUUUUGACAAAAUGUGUAAAAGUGGUUAAAAAUUGGCUGCGUUAUGCCACUGUUUAAGAUAAUACUGCAAGAUAAUCCGAGUAAACCAUUUUUAAAUAGGCUGUUUCAUUAAAGACAUGAGCUGCAACAAAUACAUAGCAGCAUGUACCAAUAAUGAGCCAUAACAGGGACUUAUUCACCCCUGCACAGCUCAAAUCCUAUCACAUUACAACAAAAAUCUCCCAAAUCUCCCACUUUUGCAAAGAAAUAGAACUCACGGUAAAUAUUGAGGUCCAAAAUAUAUUGUUCCAGUUUUCAUAUAUUGAAUGAUAAUUGUCAUGACAGGCCUAGUUAAACAUAACUCCAUUUAAUGUAAGACUAUUUGAAAAUUGUAUAUUUGUUUCCAUAUUAAAAUCCGUUGACUAUCACACUGCACUACUGCCUAUUACACUACAGUUUUUAAAUUGAGUUGAAUGAUUUUGAAUUCAGCCUUUGCAUUAUUGACCAUAAUCCUCCUAUAGGAAUUAUAAUAGUGUGUCUGCCCUGUCAAAUAUGCAAAUACAUCUGCCUUCAACAGUUAUUUUGAAUAGUAACUUUCUAAUUCUUUUUGUGCCUCCCUGGAUAGACAUGAAAUCAUAAAAACUGCCUUAUUUGCAUGUUAUUUAUUUAAAGUUAUGUAAAUGUGAUUAUGCGACCGAAAUCUUUCCUUAAUCGUUUAAACGUCCAUUUUUUUUCUAUUCAAAUUAUUUAUGUUCAAAUAUGUGUUGUGCUUCAAUGAAUGCUUAAGAAGUGCAAUAAAUAUUCAACGUACACACU